AUGGAGGUGGAUACGAUACAAAAGCCUGCGCUGGCUGUUGACCCGCCAGAUGAAAAUUUUGAUCCAGAUUUAAUGCCACAAACCGGUGAACAGUAUCUUCAAAAAGUAAUGUACGAGCGCGGCAGAUGCCCGGUGGUUGUUGUUGCAGCAAAACCUCAACCCAUGCGCCAACAGAAAGCACUCUCUGGGAUAGCUGCUUUGCCAACGGAUGAAGUAAAAAACGUUGCACACCGGGCACUUAUGCCAACGAAGGAAUGGGAAUCGAUGCAGAAUGUAAAAUUUACUGAACUGCGCGAAACUAUUACCUCAUAUCGGACCAGUUCGCAAUACCAGGAAAAUCUACAACGGGCGCAUGUACAACUGAAUUUCGAUGACCGGAAGCAGCUGUACGAGUACUGUGCUAAUAACCUGCCAUACGUGAGCACCUUGCUAAGUAUACCGCAACGAAAUUUGGAAAUAUUGCUCGAAUAUUUGCACGAGUGGCUGCAGGAUUGUGAUCAAGCAUCGACGACAGAUGCCCAAAUGCAUGACGAACCGUCCGAAGCGGAACUUUGUGAUCCCGCUACCACCACGACACCACCUGAAAAUGACAAAGAAUUACUUCGGUUCGAAGGAUAUCGGAAAGAUUGGAUACCACAAUGGAUUUACGCUAUUCUCGCUUGUCUCAUUAAGCCACUGGAACCAUAUAUUCACAGUGUUCUUAGAGACAUUGCGAAAUCCUGCAUUGCACUCCGUAACGAGCUGAAGCAAGAGGACGAAGCGAAGGUGCUGCCGCUAAAUCUGUUAAUCAGCAUCAUUUCGAAACACUUCAAUCAGUCUGAUUUAAGCGACAACGUCGCCUGAGAUUUGCCGGACACCCCAGGCGGGGUCUGGAAGCUGCUUAGUGAUUGUUUUUACUACUGCUAUUCCUAAACGAAUUUGAAUACUUUGUCAGCCUUAAAUGCAGAAAACAUACUCCCAACACCAUAUAAAUACAUUUGUUUUUCAAUUUUUCUAAAUUUUACCAUGAUCCUGCCACAAACCUCUAGAACUGCGGAAUAUAACUGAUAUAUAGUUGAUAGAGUGAA